AUGAUCAUCACUACCAUCAUCAUCACCCUCAUCUUCAUUAUCAUGAUCAUUUUGCAGAUGACCGAUAGUUGUAUGAUGGUCAGCAGCUCUGGAAGCAAUUUAGAUCCAGACAUGAUCAAAACAGUGCUGGGGAAAGAAUGCUACACUACCUUCGCAAACCGCCGGCCUUUUGGCCCAGCUGGAUUUAUGAAAAAAGCUGUCUCCAUCUCUGAGGACAAAGAAUGGAAAAAACUAAGAACAUUGCUUUCCCCCAUGUUCCCCAGUGGGAAACUAAAGGAGAUGUUCCCUAUCAUUCGCGAAUUAUCUGGUUGGUUGCUGGAAAACCUGAGACCACAAGCAGAGAAAGGCAAACCUCUCAUGUUGAAAGACAUCUUUGGGGCCUACAGCCUAGAUGUGAUCACAGGGACAUCAUUUGGGGUAAACAUCAAUUCUCUCAACAACCCACAGGACUGUUUUGUGGAAAAAGUCAAGAGACUCCUAAAAUUUGAUUUAUGUGAUCCAAUAGUUCUCUCAAUAGGACUCUUUCCAUUCCUUACACCCAUUUGUGAGGCAUUAAAUAUCAGUGUGUUUCCAAAGGAUGUUACAGAUUUCCUAAGAACUUCUGUAGAAAGGAUGAAAGAAAGUCACCUCAAAGACAAAACGAAGCACCAAGUGGAUUUACUGCAACUGAUGAUUAACUCCCAGAAUUCCAAAGACACAGAGUCCCCCAAAGGUCUAACUGACCUGGAGAUAGCAGCCCAAUCAACUAUCUUUAUUUUUGGUGGCCACGAGACCACCAGUGUCACUCUUUCUUUCAUUAUGUAUCUAUUGGCCCUUCACUCUAAUGUCCAAAAGAAGCUGCAAGAGGAAGUUGACUGGACUUUACCCAAUAAGGGGGACAAGGAAUUGGAUGACCCUUCAAGUUCUGAUGAGCCCUGCAUCUAG